GAUAGGUUUUGUAACGUGUGUGAGCGUUGUGUAUAUAACUGGGGGGCGACCGUCUGUCCGUACACUUGUGGAUUCACCUCUGAACCAGACACAGCCAUCAUGAAACUGUUCGUAUUCACCGCUCUGCUCGGCGCCGCGACCGCCGCGUUCGCGCCCGCCUACCCCGAGCAGUCGAACCGACCGCAGGCGCAGUACGAGAGAAACGCGCGCAUCAUCGCGUACGACUCCGACGUCAAGGAGGACUCCUUCAGAUACAACUACGAGACUGAGAACGGCAUCAAGGCUGAGGAGCAGGGACGCGAGGCGGACGGUAUCGAGACCCAGGGCGGCUACCAGUACACAGGUGACGACGGGCAGGUAUAUUCGGUGUCGUUCGCGGCAGGCCAAGGCGGGUUCCAGCCCCAGGGCGCGCACUUCCCCACCGCGCCCCCCACCCCCGAGGCCAUCCUCAAGGCGCUCGAGCAGAACGCGCGCGAUGAAGCCGCUGGUAUUAUUGAUGAUGGACAAUACACCCCUGGCAAGUACGGCGACGCGAGCCACCAGCAGUUCGCCAGAGCGCAGGCCUCCGCCGGCUUCAGACAGCCAUACAAAUACUAAGUAACUAGCCCUAGCCCUAGCGUAUCGUGUUGCCAUAGAAAUCUGGAAACAAAUAAUUAACGGAGCCACAUCCCUAGCGUAUCGCACUCACACAUAGAACGCACGGUUCUGAUUGGUCAAUGCGUUGCAUGGAUACGGUUCGAAACAUGCUCUCCCAUAUUUCUAUGGUUUUAUGUCAUUCAUAUUUAAUGUUACAUAACUUGUCACUGAUAAGUAUUUUCAUCAGUGUUUUUAUAAGUUUGUCUCUUUUAAACUUACAUUAUUUUGUGUAGAGAUGAAAGUGGCAAAAGAUAUUAAAAAAGCUGAUUGAAAAUGUUUAUAAAUAAGAUUCUCCCGUAUGUAAUAUUAAAUAACGGAUGCUCUCAGAACGGCUAUAAUUUGUAUGUUAGUGUGAGUGUAUUGGAUGCUGUAAUAGUCACAAGGAUUGCCAAUAAACGAAGAGAUUUUAUAGUAUUUAUUCUAAGAAUAAACAUAUACUUUGUAUACAAA